CUGAAUAUCCUGGUGGACACAGGGAGCAGUAACUUCGCUGUGGGAGCUGCGCCUCACCCCUUCCUCCGGAGAUACUACCAGCGGCAGCUGUCCAGCACCUACCGUGACCUGCGGAAGGGUGUGUACGUGCCCUACACCCAGGGCAAGUGGGAAGGGGAGCUGGGCACCGACCUUGUCACCAUCCCCCACGGCCCCAACGUCACCGUCAGAGCCAACAUCGCUGCCAUCACGGAGUCAGACAAAUUCUUCAUCAACGGCUCCAACUGGGAAGGGAUCCUGGGUCUGGCGUACGCUGAGAUCGCCCGGCCCGACGACAGCCUGGAGCCCUUCUUUGACUCCCUGGUGAAGCAGACCCGGGUGCCCAACAUCUUCUCCCUCCAGCUUUGCGGGGCAGGCUUCUCGCCCAACGAGACGGAGGCCCUGGCAUCGGUGGGGGGCAGCAUGAUCAUUGGUGGCAUCGACCGCUCGCUGUACGUGGGUGACAUCUGGUACACACCCAUCCGGAAGGAGUGGUACUACGAGGUCAUCAUCGUCAAGCUGGAGGUCAACGGGCAGGACCUGAACAUGGACUGCAACCAGUACAACUACGACAAGAGUAUCGUGGACAGCGGGACCACCAACCUCAGGCUGCCAAAGAAGGUGUUUGAGGCUGCGGUGAAAUCCAUCAAAACAGCUUCUUCGGUCAGUGAAACCCAUCCUUUCCCCUAUGGGCACAUCCCCAGGCCCAGCACAGGGCCGAGGGCAGCGUGGCCGCCCGUCACCAGCCCUUGGCACAUCUUCCCGGUCCUGUCCCUCUACCUGAUGGGGGAGGCCACCAACCAGUCCUUCCGCAUCACCAUCCUGCCCCAGCAAUACCUGCGCCCGGUAGAGGACGUGGCCACCUCUCAGGACGACUGCUACAAAUUCGCCAUCUCGCAGUCCUCCACAGGCACCGUCAUGGGCGCCGUGAUCAUGGAGGGCUUCUACGUGGUUUUCGACCGUGCCCGCAAGCGCAUCGGCUUUGCCGCCUGCCACGUGCACGACGAGUUUCGGACGGCCGCAGUGGAGGGG